AUGGACGCUGAUGCAGCUGGGCAGGGAACUGAUAAAGUCCGUUUCUCUAAAUCACUCUCCAAGGGAGAAAAAGUAUCUACUGCUUUUAGGAAGGAAAAGAUAAAGGAGGCCUUGGAUGCACUUGGGAUUCCAUAUGAUUGGGGUACAGUCCCCAAUAUUGCUGUCAUGGGAUCAGGAGGAGGUUUACGUGCCACAAUUGCCCUUUGUGGGACACUAGUGGAACUGAAGAACCAGAAUAUCUUAGACUGCAUUAUGUACCUGACUGGCGUUUCUGGUUCUACUUGGUGCAUGUCGUCCAUCUGCAAAACUGAGAAUUGGACAGAAAGACUGAAGGAGUUGGAAAAACAUCAACGGGAAACCCUUACUGAAAGCCAGUGGAAUUUUGAGACAGCAGCGAACGCUUUGAUGAAGGCCACAAAUGAUGAGAAUUACUCUCUGACAGAUUUCUGGUCUUAUUUUAUUGUGUACCAACUGCUAAAUGAGUUUGAUGAGAGUACAUUGCCUGAGCAGAGGAGAUCUUCCGAGAAUGGGAAAAAUCCUUAUCCUAUUUAUGCAGCCUUGAACAUCAAGUCAUAUGAGGAAAACCUUCCAGGCACCUGGUUUGAAUUUACCCCACACGAAGUUGGGAUACCUGAUCUUGGUGCAUACAUAGACACCAAAUACUUUGGCAGUGUAUUUGAAAAUGGGCAAAUGAUUGAGGAGAAGGAGGAGAAAAAUAUCAGCUAUCUGCAAGGUAUAUGGGGAAGUGCCUUUGGCAGCAAGAAGGACUUGAAGAAGCAACUAUAUGAUUAUUUACGGUCCUUUCAAGUUCGUAUGGCAGCGUACUCCGGGUUUUUUCAUCUUUUCCAUAGGUUAUACCAUGUUGUAAUGAAGACCUCUGCAUGCAUUUUCCAAUGGAAAUGGGGGACCACCAAUAACUUCCUAUACAAGUGCUGUGGUGAGGAAGUCGAUAACCUGUCAAGUGAACGGACGCUAUCUCUGAUUGAUCCUGGUAUGGACAUAAACAUUGCUUACCCGCUCAUUUUGCGCCCUGAGAGGAACGUGAAGCUGAUCCUUUCUUUUGACUUCAGCUCUGGGAAUCCUUUCGAGACUGUUGAAAAAGCUGCUGACCACUGUGCAAAACAUGGAAUCAGAUUUCCCAAAAUAGAUGGAAUAAAACCAGAGGACAAAAAGAACCCAUCAGGCUGCUACAUCUUCAGAGGAAGAGAUGCUCCUACCGUCAUGCAUUUCCCACUAUUCAACAAGGAGAACUGUCUAGAUAAAAUUGAAGAAUACAGAAUCCAGUUUGUCACCCUCAAGAUGAAAUAUACCAAUGGAGAAAUUGAAAAGCUUCUCGCUGCCGCAAAGAAGAACGUCGUGAAUGCUCAGCAAAAGAUUUGGGAAGAGAUUGGGCGUGCUGUAGCUCCUUCUCCCUGA